UGUCAUUUUGAUUUUGAGAUAUAUUUUAUUUUUGUAAAUUUUAUUUAGAAAUAUGUUUGUGUGAAGAAAUCAUAGUGCUUAGUUAUUUUAUUCAGACUGUGUUUUUUAGUUAUAAAAUGUGCUAUCGAAUAAGUUUAUACUUACCAUUUUUGGUGCAGCCAUGACGCGCAGCCCUGAUAUUCUGUUUAUGGCAGAAUAUAUUAAAAACGUGUUAUAUUUUGCGACAGUACGACAAGGGAAGACCCUCAAAAGUACUGCAGAUACACAUUAUUUUUGUAUAGACAACGAUUUAAUAUACGAGAACUAUUAUUCUGAUUUUGGGCCACUAAACUUGGGUUGCGUUUAUAAAUACUGUAGGAUAUUGAAUGAAAAAUUAAAGCAGCAUUUGAAUAAGCAAGCAAUAGUUCAUUACACAUCGAUAGAUCCGAAGAAAAAGGCGAACGCAGCUUUCGUAUUAGGAUGUUAUGGUGUUUUGUAUUUAAGUUUAUCACCAAGAGACGCACUGAAGCCUCUUCUGGUUCAUGGGCAGAGUUAUCGACCUUUUCAAGAUGCAACACAAGGUGAUUCUGCAUACACAAUAUCUCUGAUCGAUUGUCUCAACGCUAUUAAAAAAGCAAGAGAUUUGGGUUUCUUCAAUUUCCAAGAUUUCAACUACGAAGAAUAUGAUAGACUUGACAAAAUACAGGGUGGCGAUUUGAAUUGGAUUGUUCCUGCAAAGUUUCUGGCUUUUAUUGGGCCAGUGGAUUGCAGCGUAUCUUUAUACCAUCCGCCAGAAAUGUACAUAGACUAUUUUCUGGAAAACGAUGUAAAAAUUGUUAUUAGAUUAAACAAAAGGCUUUACGAUGGCAAUGUAUUUAAUAACGCCGGCAUAACUCACUACGACUUAUUUUUCCCCGACGGGUCAUGUCCACCUCGAAAUAUUCUCUUCAAAUUUCUGCAAAUCAGCGAAGAAUCCGAUUGCGCUAUUGCUGUUCAUUGCAAGGCAGGUCUAGGGCGCACUGGCUCACUGAUCGGUUGCUAUCUGAUCAAGCACUACCGUAUGACCUCUCACGAAGCUAUAGGAUGGAUGAGAAUCUGCAGGCCUGGUUCUGUCAUUGGCCAUCAACAGGGUUGGCUGGAACAGUUAGAGCCGUGGUUGAUCAAGCAAGGAAAUGUUUAUAGAAAGCGCACGUAUCAAGACACGGAGAAGAUACCCACACACGAAUUCGGGGUGUACUCGAUCGCUGAGAAGGCUAUCAAGCAGCGGCCUGUGGUCUUCAGCAAGUCUCCGUCGCCCCCGCCUCCGAUGCAUCGGCAGACGCGGUCGGAUAUCACUCCUCCGAUUAGAGCGCAGGCUUCGAGAGUCAGAGAAGCUUUUAGUAAGGCGCCCGAAAAGGAACCCAGUGAGUGGCGCGUGAGAACACCCAAGACUAACAUCAGUCAAAAGAUCAAUUACAAAAGUGAUCAAAACAACAUCACGCGGCGUGGCAGUGGCAGCGGGGAACCCCGGCCGUCCUCGCCUCCUUCGCGGGGAAGCACCGCCAGGACGCAGCGGAAUAGCGCCAAAUCUAAUGACUCCACAGUGAGAAGUAUCGCCGGCUAUCAAACACCACUUCCAACAUUUCGAACCUCACAGGGUCCUGUUAUAAAAACGAUCAACGAUGCGAGGAAUUUCCUGAUGAGGAGCUCCAUGAACAGAGAUGACCGGGACAGGCAUCUGAACUCCUCCGUCACGGUCACCCCUCACUACUCUCGGGUGUCGCAGUACGGAGGCGAGCACUCCACUAUUGGGAAUAUGGCCCACAUUACGCCUUCCAGUUUUAGCACAGCGUCCCGAGGUUCAACACAACCACAGCAUCGCCGUCGCCUGGGUCGCAGCCCGAGCCCUCCACAACUCAGAAUGGUGACAGAGCAAACUCGAGCGACGAAUACUCCAUCUUGUGCUGGAAAGUUUUUGGCUAAAGAUGCUUCAAAAACUGCCUUAAAAGAAGUAUUAUCUAGACUUAAAUUGGUGACGGGUCGGGACGGCUCAAUCGGCGCGGCUUCGGUGGGUGCCGCAUCGCUGGGGGCGCGGCGGGACGCCCCUGCGCCGAAGCGAGCGCCUAGCGUCCGCUCCGACGAGCGCCCACUGGCCACUCAGGGAGACAUGCUGAAUAGCAUAAAGUUCCAAAGAAGACUUCGUGACUCUUUACAUUCGGAGAAGCUUAGUGGUCUGGUUCAAGAAAAAAUCAGCAUGACUCCAAAAGAAAAAUCAAGCAUCAAAGAUGUUCACUCCAGAACUAGUACAGGGACCAGACCGAGUUUGCACCAUGACACCAGUGGACCCAAAGAGAGGACCAGUACUACGUCAAGAGGUUUCUUCGGGCCACAACGACCAUCGUCGCCGAAAGGGCGUCGGAACUCUCAUGCAUCUUACUACUGAUUUUUUCUCAAUACUUCUUGACCAUUAAGCCUAGAAGUAGUUUUACGGUAGUAUGGUUGUAGGUAUUGUUGUGUCAAGCUUUUUGAUCACUAUGCAAAGUACCUUUUUGUUGAUUGAUAAAUUACAAGUGAUGUGUCCUUAUAUUGUGAUAAUGGAAUACAUACAAAUAAAGCAAGGCUGAUUAAAAAAAA